UAUUUAUAAUGAAAAAAUCGAGCGAUCUGACUAUUGUAAAUAUUUUUUAUUGACUUCAUUAGAAAACUACAAACGAAUCAGAAUCUCGGAAAUUUAAUAGCUUCAAUCCUAAAACUCCCCUGCAAGCUACCUUUAAUCGUACUCAUAUUCGACAUCCAAUCAAGGAGUACUUUCCAAAUAAACAAUACACUCAACACACUCAACAUACCUCAAUUCAAAAUACUCAACCAAGCAUUAAGUCUCCGCCCAAUUCAAAACCUAUAAGUCUUGCUAAUGCUUGUACUAAGUUUGAUUUAAUUUAGUAUCUCUUCUGUCGAAAGAUGAAACUAACCCUACUAGUAGACGCAAUAGUCGCAGAUUACAUACAAAUCAAUUGAAGAAUAUUUUAGCAUAGGAAAAGGUCUCCCUUGAUAGUGUUCGUAAUUAAUUUCAAUUUAUUUUUAGGUUUCAGCACUCAAUUUUAAAAUCCGUAGCCUAUCAUCUAAUUAUUCACACAAUAUAAUUCGCCCAAAAAGAGUUUAAAGACUAGUCCAGAUAAUAAGCAUCCCAUUAUCCAGGAGACAUUCAAAAAUCGCAUAUCUCAUAAAUUGUCAGGACAUAUGUAGGAAAAAAUGGAAUAGAUUCCUUAAAUUACUUCUGAUUCUGUUAGAUAGAGAAUAUCAACCCUAAAGCAAAAAUUACGAGGGAAUAUUUAGUAGAGAUAUUAUAAGUUCAAUAACAACUUUACUAUUCAAAAUCCCAACUCAUUCAAAGAAGAUAUAGAGUAUAAAUUCGUAAAAUAGCCAAAACCAUAAUUACCAUAAUCCCCUCCUGUUGUCCUAGAACACUAUUAAUCAUAAUUGACUGAAUUUGAAAAGAACGAAAUUAAAGAUAUUGAAACAAUCUAUUAUUUGAGACCUGAAAAUGUAACAUUCCCUCAAGAAACUGAAUUCAACAAUGGAUUUGAUACAGACAAGUAUCAUUAAUAUUAAUAUCACAUAGAGGCGAUUAUAUAUUUAGAGAACAUGACCAUAUCAUAUAUCGUUAUGAGAUGUUAGAAUAAUUAGGACAUGGCAGUUUUGGAUAUGUAUUUAAAGUUUUGGAUCACAAACAUUCGUAAACUGUUGCUUUAAAAGUAAUAAAAAAUAAGGAGAAAUUUCAAAAACAAGCAUAUAUUGAAAUUGAAAUUCUUAAGGUGGUCAAUAAAGCAGAUAAUAGUUGUUGCCUAAUCAAAAUGCUAAAUUAUUUUGUUUUUAGAAAUCACGUAGUAUGAUAGUCAUCAUUAUUAGAGUGUAUGGUUUUUGAAUUAUUGAGUUGCAAUCUUUAUGAAUUCUUGGCAAUUAAUGAAUUCUAAGGAUUUGAGCUUGAUUUGGUCAGAAGAUUCGCUAUAUAAAUAUUGUAGGCACUUUUGUACUUAUCCGAAUGUAAUAUUAUACAUUGCGAUCUCAAACCUGAAAACAUUCUAUUGAAGGAUAUCACAAGAUCUGGUAUAAAAAUAAUUGACUUUGGAUCUAGUUGUUUCAUUAAUUCUAAAUUAUACACCUACAUUUAGGUAAAUGAUACAAAAUAUCCAAUUUAGAGUAGAUUUUAUAGAGCCCCUGAGAUUUUACUUGGUAUACCUUACACAACAUAAAUUGAUAUGUGGAGUUUUGGAUGUAUUGUUGCUGAACUAUUUCUUGGGAACUCAUUAUUUCAGUCUAAAUCCGAAAAAGAAUUGCUAUUUCUCCAGGUUUCCAUUCUUGGAAAACCAUCAAAUCAAUUUUUAGAUUAUUGUCCCAAGAAACACAAGUUUUUCAAUGCUAAUUAUGAACUUCUGACGAAAAUUAAAGAUACUGAGUUGACAUUUCCGCUCAAACCUUUGAAAGAGCUUCUGUAAAAAGGAUCGCCUGUCUUUUAUGAUGUAUUUUAUGAGUUUAUUUUUAAAGUUCAUCAACAAAUGUUUGUAAUGGGAUCCAAAUAUGAGAAUGAAAGCAGCUGAAGCCUUAAUGCAUCCUUGGAUUAUAGAAGGUCUGCCUAAUGAAAUUAAGUAAUAUUUGAUGAUAUCCAUAGAAAAUAACACGUCUAGUAGAUGAAGCUUUACAUACAAUAAAAGAACUAGGAUUUGUAGGGAUAGGGCAUUCAAAUAAAAUGA